AUGGCAUAUUGCUUUCUUUUAUAUGUCCGUUUGCAAAACAUCAAGUUGUUAAAAGAAGAGUUCAUCGCCUCUUUUGUGUGGCCUCGCUCCUGCCCAAGGUCGGCCUUCUCCGACCGGCUCUUUGCCUACGUCGGCUUGUUGUCCUCCGUGGCCACUGUGGUGAUCCUGGGGCUACUCCUGUGUGGUGGGCCGGACAGCUGGGCGACCGACAUGUUGUACCUGCCCGACCCGGACUACAUUCCCAGCACUUUUGCCUUGAUCUUCUUUGCCGUUGGCACGCAUCCGCUGAUCGUCGGCGUGAUGCAUACCACUCGAAGUCCCACAGACUUGCGGGUGUCGAUUCUUGGUGCUUGGCCAAUCGCGACCACUGUCUCGGUUCUUUGUGGUGGAAUGGCCUACCGGAUUUAUGGCUCAGCCUUGCAACCCGACAUAAUGGCCAAUAUCGAAGGGGAGCUCCGCAGGAUUGCGGGUGUCUGGAUGGCGAUCAAGGUGCUGGGGAACGCCGUCCCCCUUGCAAGACCACUGGCGAAUGCGUAUGCUAGGAGCCUUCGAUGGCUGCCUCCAGGUCACAGCGCUGGGCCCUUGCUCAUGACGCCUGUUAUGGUCCUACUGGCCGCGGUGGCGAUAUUCUUCGCGGAUCGUUUGGAGGCCUUCUACAGCGUGGCUGGUUGCACCAUCACCAGCUUCAACGUCCUCCUGAUUCCGACCAUCGCAUACCUGUCGAUCUGCAAGCCACGCGGGAUCAGCCACUACUGUGCUGUUGGCUAUGCUAUUCUUGGCGCCGUGCUGUCAGUCUCCCCCGUGGCUUACCUUCUAUGGCAGCUGGCAUGUCCGCAAGAGGACCCUUCUGAUCUAUGA